AUGGCUUCCAACCCACCUGGCGCUUGCUGCGCUACCGGCUUCAAGCAUGAGGGCAACCCUACCGGCGAGAUCAAGGACAUCGGAGGUGUCAAGACCUACUUCGCCCAGCCCAAGGAGAAGACCGACAAGGCCAUCCUGAUCCUGACCGACAUCUUCGGCAUCUACACCAACAGCCAGCUCAUUGCUGACCAGUUUGCCGAGAAUGGCUACCUCGCUGUCAUCCCUGACCUCUUCGCCGGUGACGCCAUCGACGUCGCUGCUAUGGAGGGCGGAAAGGUUGACUUGCCCAGCUGGCUCCCCAACCACCAGACCAACCACGUCGACCCUAUUGUCGAGGCGGCCAUCAAGAACCUUCGCGAGCAGGGCAUCAAGAAGAUCGGAGGUGUCGGAUACUGCUUCGGUGCCAAGUAUGUGACCCGUUUCCUGAAGAACGGCCAGAUCGACGUUGGAUUCAAUGCCCACCCGUCUUUCGUCACCCACGAGGAGCUUGGCGCCAUCCAGGGACCCCUCUCCAUCGCUGCUGCCGAAACUGACCAGAUCUUCACCACGGAGCUGCGCCACGAGUCCGAGGGCACCCUUAUCAAGACCGGCCAGCCUUGGCAAAUCAACCUGUUCAGCGGUGUCGUUCACGGUUUCGCCGUCCGCGCCGAUCUGAGCAAGCCCCAGAACAAGUUCGCCAAGGAGCAGGCCUUCGUUCAGGCUAUCGCUUGGUUCGCUUACCACCUGUAA